AUGGCAUCGGAGAAACCUCCUUCUAUCGUCCUCCCUCCGCUUGCUUCCUCUGGUCGCCAAAUUAGUCCUUCACCACAGGGUCUGAGGCAGCGGCCAUUGGGAAGAGCGUCAACCUUCGCCGAAGGGAACCCUCCACUCAAUCGCCGCCGAAGUUCAUUUCUUUCUGAAACUUUUUCUGAGACGCGCAAGUCGUUACGCUCAUCGACGGACGAUAUACUGCUGCCGCGCGCGCGCAACGAUGAUGACCUUCACGACCAUGACGACAAUUCUCAUUGGCAGUCUUUGCCUCUUGGUCUUGCCCUGCUUCCCGCUGUCGGUGGCAUGUUUUUCAAGAACGGUAGCGCUGUCAUCACAGACGUGACACUACUAGGAUUAGCUGCUAUAUUCAUGAACUGGGCCCUCAGGUCGCCCUGGGACUGGUAUCGAGCUGCCCAGACCACUGUGUUGGCAGAUUCAACCACUCCUCCUGUAUUCACUCCGAUAGACGAAGUGGAUGAGGAUCAGAUUGCACUAUCUCUAAAUGGACGCGGUGAAGACGACACCAGCAAAGCGAAGUCGAACGGUAAUGCUUCUGGUACGAAGCUUCUCAAUACAGAAAGUGCAACUGCGCAGAAAGAGCUCCGUGUCCAUGAGCUUCUGGCGUUGCUUUCUUGUUUCGUGUUUCCUCUGAUCGCGGCCUGGCUUCUGCAUAGUAUCAGAUCCCAGCUCUCUCGGCCAUCUGAGGGCUUGGUCUCAGAUUACAAUCUCACUAUAUUCAUAUUAGUUGCCGAGAUUCGGCCCAUCUCUCAUUUGAUAAAGAUGGUGCAACGGAGGACCCUAUUCCUUCAACGACGAGCGAAUAUUGAUGUUCUUAAAGAAUCAAGUCGGAUGGACAAUCAACAACUUCGCGACAUCUCACGCAGGCUGGACGACCUCGAGGCACAUAUUGCGGAUCGCAUUGCCAGCACCGGGAAACAAAAAGUGGAACAAGUUGAUCACGCACUCGUAUCUCAAGCCUCUGCGACAGCGACAUCCGAGGUCAAGAAAACUGUUCAGCCAGAGCUAGACGCCUUGAACAGGGCCAUGCGCCGUUAUGAAAAAAGAUCAACCAUCUCGUCUGUGCAGAUCGAAGCAAGGCUACAAGACCUUGAAACACGUUUGCAUGACGUUGUGUCUCUGGCUGCGGCUGCGCAGCGAAAUGCCGAUCGAAUCCCGAACAACUACCUGCUCAUCCUGGCAAACUGGAUCUGUGGUGCAUUUGUCAUCCCUGUACAAUAUCUGCUCUACUUGUCAAGUCUUCCAUCAAAAGCGUUAUCAUCUCUCGUCGCAGUUCCAAAAAGGUACAUGACAAAAAAGACAAGGAACCAACCGGCAAAGGACGGCCGGGCAUCUCGGAAAGGCGCGCCGCCUCGGUCUCUUGAACGUGAACGAAGGGCGAAGGUGCCACCUUGA